AUGUCCCGACAACGUGAACCACAUGAUGAGGAACUUGAUGUGAACGACGACGCGAUGAAUGUAGAGAAUGAAGAACGGAUAGGGUCACUCACGGACUCUAUUUCAAGGCUGAAAGUGUCUGCGAAUUAUUUAAAUGAUACCGUGAUUGAUGAUGGGAGGAGGAUCAGUUCAAUGGAAAGUCAAAUGGAUUCGAUGUUUGAAUAUUUGGGAGCAACGCGAGAGCGAUUAAAGCGUCUCUUUGGGGAAGUUGGGAUGGGGCAUCUUCUUGUGUUAGCUGUUGGUGCAAUCGUCAUAUUUAUUGUGAUCUAUAUCAUUGCCUUCAAACUCUAA